AUGGCGCCGGUGAGGCAGGCCGCGAGGUGGCGGACAGGAGGCUUGGGGACGCGUGGCGAAGGCGUUCCUGCGGACGAAUUCAAGAAUAAGAAUGUGAAACACAGAAUAUGGCGGCUUAACCAUCCCCAAACCUUCGUGGGGAGCGUUCGUGAGGGACAAGGCUUUGCAUUUCGAAGAAAAUUGAAGAUUCAGCAAAGUUACAAGAAAUUGCUGUGGAAAGAAAAGAAGGCACAAACAUCACAGGAAUCCCAGUUCACAGAUCGGUACCCAGAUCAUCUGAAACAUCUCUAUUUAGCUGAAGAGGAAAGACUCCGGAAGCAACUAAGAAAAGUUGCCCAGCCUUUGCUUGAACAACAGUGUAGCAUUGACAGGGCAUUGUCUGAAGAUCAGGAUAGCUUUGACCGACAACAGCCAAAAGAACAAAGCAGCAAAACAGUAAACUCCUUUCCAAAGAAAAGUAAAAAGAAAACAUCAAAUCAAAAAGCACGAGAAGAAUAUGAACAAGUACAAGCUAAACGUGCUGCUAAGAAACAAGAAUUUGAGAGGAGAAAACAAGAGAGAGAGGAAGCUCAAACACGCUAUAAAAAGAAGAAAAUGGAAGUGUUCAAAAUAUUAAGCAAAAAGACUAAAAAGGGCCAGCCAAACUUGAAUUUACAAAUGGAGUAUCUUCUUCAAAAAAUACAAGAAAAAAAUGUGUCCUAAUGGAAUAAAGUACCUGCUGUCUACUGGUUUCUUUUAUGUACGUAACAGGUGCCUUCCAACAGUGAUCCAGCUCUGCCAACAUAAACUGGGUCGCUAAACUAUACUAAAUAUAAAAUGUUCAGGUACUUUUGUUCUAGUCAAAGAAAAUUUGCUAUAUAUGUUCUUUGUAAUAUAACUUACUUCUUAAUUUGUUGCCUCUGAAGGAAGGUUGGCCUGAAGACCUGAGAGAACCUUCUUUUUUGGCUCAAACGUAAUACUUUUGGGCCACAUAAAAUUUAUUUGAAAUAAAAUGUUUUGAAAAUAAAGGACCAGAGCUAUCAAUGAAGCAUUUCAAUUAAAUGUUUCAGUUUAGUAUUUAGCUAUAUGGUUUUAAAAUUCAUUUUAAUGUUGAGGUAGGCAAAGGCUCCCCUUGGACUUUUAAAUUAUUUAUUUUAAAUUAAGUACAUGUUACAGGGUGAUGAACUUUCCAAAUACCUGAGGGCUGAAAUAAUCUGCCCUCACCAUAUAAUAAAGUGGUCUUCAUAUACAGUUCAGCUUUA